GGUGCCCGCGGCCGCCUUCGUCCUACAGCUCCUUUGCUCUUACCCCAUCAGAAGCCAACAUGUCCCUGAAAAAUGAGCCAAGAGUAAAUACCUCUGCACUGCAGAAAAUCGCUGCUGACAUGAGUAAUUUGAUAGAAAAUCUGGACACGCGGGAGCUGCACUUUGAGGGAGAGGAGGUGGAUUAUGAUGUGUCUCCCAGCGAUCCCAAGACACAGGAAGCGUGUAUUCCAUUCUCGGCUAUUUAUAAGACUCAAGGAUUUAAGGAGCCUAACAUACAGACGUAUCUCUCUGGCUGUCCAAUAAAAGCCCAAGUCCUGGACGUGGAACGCUUUACAUCUACAACAAGGGUACCAAGUAUCAAUCUUUACACUAUUGAAUUAACACAUGGGGAAUUUAAAUGGCAAGUUAAGAGGAAAUUCAAACACUUUCAAGAAUUUCACAGAGAGCUGCUCAAGUACAAAGCUUUUAUCCGAAUCCCCAUUCCCACCAGAAGGCACACGUUUAGAAGACAGAAUGUCAAAGAAGAGCCUCGAGAGAUGCCAAGUUUGCCCCGUUCAUCUGAAAACAUGAUCAGAGAAGAGCAAUUCUUUGGUAGAAGGAAACAACUGGAAGAUUAUUUGACAAAGCUACUAAAAAUGCCCAUGUACAGAAACUACCAUGCGACAACAGAGUUCCUUGGCAUAAGCCAGCUGUCUUUCAUCCAUGAUUUGGGACCAAAGGGCAUAGAAGGUAUGAUAAUGAAAAGAUCUGGGGGACACAGAAUACCAGGCCUGAAUUGCUGUGGUCAGGGAAGAGCCUGCUACCGCUGGUCAAAAAGGUGGUUGAUAGUGAAAGAUUCAUUUUUACUAUAUAUGAAACCAGACAGUGGUGCCAUUGCCUUUGUCCUGCUAGUAGAUAAAGAAUUCAAAAUUAAGGUGGGGAAGAAGGAGACAGAGACAAAAUAUGGGCUCCGAAUUGAUAAUCUUUCAAGGACACUUAUUUUAAAAUGCAACAGCUAUAGGCAUGCUCGGUGGUGGGGAGGGGCUAUAGAAGAAUUCAUCCAGAAACACGGCACCAACUUUCUCAAAGACCAUCGAUUUGGAUCAUAUGCUGCUAUCCAAGAGAAUACUUUAGCUAAAUGGUACGUUAAUGCCAAAGGGUAUUUUGAAGAUGUGGCAAAUGCUAUGGAGGAGGCGGAAGAAGAGAUUUUUAUCACAGACUGGUGGUUGAGUCCAGAAAUCUUCCUGAAACGCCCAGUGGUUGAAGGAAAUCGUUGGAGGUUGGACUGCAUUCUCAAACGAAAAGCACAACAGGGAGUGAGAGUCUUUGUAAUGCUCUACAAAGAGGUGGAACUUGCCCUCGGAAUCAACAGUGAAUACAGCAAGAGGACUUUAAUACGUCUACACCCCAACAUAAAGGUGAUGAGGCACCCAGAUCAUGUAUCAUCCAGCGUAUAUCUGUGGGCCCAUCAUGAGAAACUCGUUGUCAUCGACCAGUCAGUGGCCUUUGUGGGUGGGAUCGACCUGGCCUAUGGAAGGUGGGAUGACCAUGAACACAGACUCACAGACGUGGGUAGUGUGAAGCGUGUCACCGUAGGAUCAUCUCUGGGUUCCUUCACAGCUGAAAUAGAGUCCAUGGAAUCCUUGAGCCUCAAAGAUAAAAAUGAAUCUAGUAAAAAUCCACCCACCCUGAAGAGUACUAAUGAUAUGGAUUCAAAACUGAAAGGAAUGGGAAAGUCCAGAAAGUUCUCUAAAUUUAGCCUCUACAGGCAGCUCUACAGGCACCACCUGCACAAUGCAGAUAGCAUCAGCAGCAUCGACAGUGCCUCCAGUUAUUGUAAUCACUGUAGAAGUCGUCAGAAUUUAAUCCAUGGUCUAAAACCCCACCUGAAACUCUUUCGCUCUUCCAGUAAGUCUGAGCAGGGGCUCGCUAGACCUGACAUGGACACCAGCUCCAUCCGCAGUUUGCAGACAGGCAUGGGAGAGCUCCACGGGGAAACCAGGUUCUGGCAUGGAAAGGACUAUUGCAAUUUUGUCUUCAAAGACUGGGUUCAACUGGAUAAGCCUUUUGCUGAUUUCAUUGACAGACACUCCACUCCUCGGAUGCCAUGGCAUGACAUCGCCUCUGCAGUCCACGGGAAGGCGGCUCGUGACGUGGCCCGUCACUUCAUCCAGCGCUGGAACUUCACGAAGAUUAUGAAGUCAAAAUAUCGAUCCCUUUCUUAUCCUUUCCUGCUUCCCAAAUCUCAAACAACAGCCCAUGAGUUGAAAUAUCAAGUGCCUGGGUCCGUCCAUGCCAAUGUACAGUUGCUCCGCUCUGCUGCUGAUUGGUCGGCUGGUAUAAAGUACCAUGAAGAGUCCAUCCACGCUGCUUACAUCCACGUGAUAGAGAACAGCAAGCACUAUAUCUAUAUAGAAAACCAGUUUUUCAUAAGUUGCGCUGACGAUAAAGUUGUGUUCAACAAGAUAGGUGAUGCCAUUGCUCAGAGGAUCCUGAAAGCUCACAGGGAAAGCCGUAGAUACCGGGUGUAUGUGGUGGUACCACUGCUUCCAGGAUUUGAAGGCGACAUCUCAACCGGUGGAGGAAAUGCUCUGCAAGCCAUAAUGCACUUCAACUACAGGACCAUGUGCAGAGGAGAAAAUUCCAUCCUUGGACAGUUAAAAGCAAAGCUUGGCAAUCAGUGGAUAAAUUACAUCUCAUUCUGUGGCCUUAGAACACAUGCAGAGCUUGAAGGAAACCUAGUCACUGAGCUCAUCUAUGUCCACAGCAAGUUGCUAAUUGCUGAUGACAACACUGUUAUUAUCGGCUCUGCCAACAUAAACGACCGAAGCAUGCUGGGAAAGCGUGACAGUGAAGUGGCUGUCAUUGUGCAGGACACGGAGACGGUCCCUUCAGUGAUGGAUGGAGAGGAGUACCAGGCUGGCCGCUUUGCCCAGGGACUUCGGCUGCAGUGCUUCAGGGUUGUCCUUGGCUAUCUUUCUGACCCAAGUGAAAACAUUCAGGAUCCAGUGAGUGACAAAUUCUUCAAGGAGGUGUGGGUUGCAACGGCAGCUCGAAAUGCUACAAUUUAUGAUAAGGUGUUCCGGUGCCUUCCCAAUGAUGAAGUACACAAUUUAAUUCAAUUGAGAGAAUUUAUAACCAAGCCCAUCUUAGCAAGGGAAGAUCCUAUUAGAGCUGAGGAAGAACUGAAGAAGAUCCGUGGGUUCUUAGUGCAGUUCCCCUUUUACUUCCUGUCUGAAGAAAGCCUACUGCCUUCCGUUGGAACCAAAGAAGCCAUAGUGCCCACAGAGGUUUGGACUUAAGGGUGAUAUUCAUUUGCAGCUCCAAGGACUUCCACCUUGAAAAGUACACUGUGCACAGUGACUUUAGGGAGAUCCUCACAGCUGCAGGCAGCCCUGAUGCAUGCUGGGAUCCACCCCAGGGACCCUCUGGAUUGGCUGGGCAGGGCUGCAGUCCUGAUAGAAGGACACUGAACAUCAGGUGGGCUUUCUAACUCCUCCUGCUUAUCCUUGUGAAAAAGGGACUGUCUUCUUAUUGGUAGCUAUAUGCUCAACAACAAAUUCCAUAGUGUACACCAAAAUGCAUUUCCUUUGCUAACAAGAAUUUACCUGUGCCUGUGAUCUAGGUUGCCAGAAAUUGUCAAACCCUCCUUAUUUUUCUCUGACCCUCAUUAAUGCAGCUGAUGACUGCCAGACCUGCCCUCACUUCAUAGUACAUACAGACACGGUUUGAGACAUUCUUUAUUCCUAGAAGAUGUCGUGAUGCUGCUCCCAGGUGCUUCAGGGUGGCAGGGAGAUGCCCCUGCCCAUCUGGUCCUGACGUAAGAGUGUUCACCCAAGCAAGGAUGUGGUCCUUAUCCCUUUUCAGUGACUGAAAGGACAGGGUAGACGUUAUGUACAUAGCAGCCCAAGUUGGGUGCUUCUGAUAAUGUCGAGACUAUAGAUCUUAACACCACAGAGCAAUAGGAAGGAAGUAAAUUUGGUUAUUGAGGCAGAGAUUUUACUUUGCCUCUGAAGGCAAUGACAAGAUAUGGUCUUUUGAUAGGGCCCACCUGAUCAAAUUUGAAAACACAUGUAAGAUAUUUCAUUACACAGCAGCUGAUAAAACUCAGAGCACGCAGCCUUCAGAAGCCUCCAAGGUGGCCGUGGGGAUCUGAUCCAGACAAGAAAAGAAGAUUCCUUAUAGUCCUGGAAAAUUUCCUAUCACCCUUAGCUGCUGGAUUGAUUGAGAUUUGAGUUUCUCCAUUUGAAAAAUCAAACCAGUGAAUGCAAUUUGUCUUUCAAGAGAACCGGAGGCUUCAUAACUCCUACCAAAUUAAUAAGUAGAAGCCUGACCUUAUUUGACAUUUAGCUCUCAGCUAUGUUACCUUCUUUAAGAAAAAUUAAUUGAUUGCAAUAUACUUGCUACUUAACUUGUACUAUUAAAUAUGCCUUAACAUUCCACCAGCCUUCCAAAGAGGUUAGGAUCUUCAUUAAUUCACAUUGUCCUAGUCUAUGAAUUGUUCUGGAAACCCAUGUUUCCUUUGUGAAUAGUAGUAUUCCCUUUGGUACACCCCAGCUCUAAUGUUACUAAGCAGAACUAUUCUUCCAGCCUGAAGAGCUGAUGUGGGUUCCCAAAAGCCCUGUGCCCAUAAAACAUGAUGUAGGUGCAUUGAUCACACAUGUAUGGAUUAUCGGGACAGAAUCUCAUUGGAGUCGUUCUUCAGAAAAAGCGAGGACCCAAUCCUUGUUUUCAUGGAGCUAGGAAGAGGUUAAACAGGAGUAUAAAGUCAAUAAUCUGGGUGAGUAGGAAAGAGUGUCACACUCAGGAGAGGAUGUCACAGCUAGAGAACAUUUCACGAAUGAGGUGGGACUAUGCUUUAUGAAUAAAGAAUUUCUCGGAUGGCUGAAGAUGGUAAAAUGACUUCAUUCUAUAGCAGCUGUAAGUAAGACAUUUGCUAUUUCUGAAGUUUAGAUUGGCAUUUAGAGAGUUGAGUGGGCGUGGAAUACCUAAGGAUUUCUUAUGGUUUACUUUUACAUGUUUUUUCAACUGUAGAACAGUCAAUGCACUGGCUUUUGAUUUUGUGCAAAAUGCUCUCCUAACACCAUGAAAAAGAAAAGCCUAAAAGGUCCCCUUCUCAUAAAAAACAAGUCACUUAAUCCAGCCUCUCCUCAGAAACUGAGGCCCAGGUUGGUUGAAGGACUCACUUGAGUUCACCCAUCUAAGAGAUGGUGGAGGCAGGACCAGUGAAAUUGCUGUGGUUCAUUCGUGGCCUCUCCCUUGACGUGGUCAUUGUCUGCAAGUGAGGAGAGGCAGUAAACAGAUUUCAGACAGGAUACCUCUAAGCUGUUUUGAACACCGUGAUAUCGUGUACUUAAGGGUUCAUCUGUCUCCCCCUGCUUGAAUGUAAGCUCCAUGGGGCAGGGACUUUGCUGUGUUUUGUUCACAGUGUAUCCUCCGAGCCUGGAACAGUGCUGGCACAGUGGAGGUGCUCAGUAACUGCUUGGUGGGUGAAUAAACGAGGUGGAGGGGCGAGCUCAUGAAAUGCCAAACUUACAGAAUCUCAGGCAAGAAAUCUUACUGUUGGUUUCUGGGGCCAGUUUCCUUUCUACUGCAUCUUCUCAAAGGCAAGAUAUUCUUCUGCAAAGAUGAGAGGCUACCAGCUUUACUUGGGUGGGUGGAUUUUCUGGAAGAUUCUGUGCAAUAAUUGCCUAUCUGCAAUAGCAGCUUCCGUAGGGCAGCAUUCUGCAAAAGUCACACGGGGUGUGGACACGAGGUGUACUGCGUGGCCUAAUUAGCCAUCAUUCUGACACCACUACCACCUAAUAAUGGAAGUUCAAAUAACUUAUCUUUAACAUUGCAAUAUUUUUCCUUUAUACCGUUUUAAAUUUUUAACUUACAAACCAUAGUCAAACAUAAGGUAAAUGAAAAUUUGUCACGCUGAUCAUUUGGAAGUUGUAAAGUGAGAGACUAGGAUGGCAAUCCAACCAAAAUGCAGGCUUACUUGCUCUUUCCCCAAGCUGCUAUAAUUGUUCAAUUUAUUCUUAAUAAAUGCACAUAAGUGAAUGUCACCCUACUUCUGCUUGACACAAAGAAAUAGAACAUCAUGCCCUCCUAAUGUAGAUCUACUUGGAUUCUUCUGGGCCAAAGGUACUGAUAUUCUCCUAAACCACUCUAAAACUUCAUACCGAAGUAUUGCAGUUGGAGCACGUCACUGACACAAAAAAACAAAUACUUGGCAGUGAACAUCUGUUCAGAAUACUUUGAUAUUCUGGACAGAACUCAGACUCCUAGCCUCACCUCUACUGCAGUGCUUGGUACACCAAGGCUGGGCCUCCUGUUUUUGUAAAUAAAGUUUUAUUUAAACACAGCCAUGUCCAUUCAUUUACAUGCAUUGGUGACCAAAUGAUCUGCAAAUUCUAAAAUAUUCACCAUCUUUUAAGAAAAGCCUACUGGUCCUUCCUGUAGAGAGAGCAGAGAAUGUCCAGACAGAGUACCUCCACCAAACAGAGUUGGAUGAGUUCUGUUCUCUUCCCUAACAAGGUUUUCAAGUCUCCUUAUCCCAGAGCCCAACAUUCUACAAUGGAUUUAUUCUAAGAACAAGGUCGAGUCCUUUCAGGAAUAAAAUCACAUGGUUUUGGCUCUGGAAAGAGAGGUUGUCAGCUAAAGCAGGCUUCUCCCAGCUGAGCACUCAUAAGCAUACAUGGUUGACAAUGUUUGUAACUAAAGUGUUAAAAAAAAAAAAAAAAUGAGGAUGGAUAGGCUGAAGGGUUUGUAUUCAGAAUGAGAACUGUGAACUCAGGAGACUCAGUUUCCUGUGAACUUUCCAUCCGUGAAGCAUUGGAAAUGAUCCAUGUAUCCAUUCUCUGCUUCACAAUCAGUGCUCUCUGUGCCUGGUUCCUUAACUGCUUUUUUAAAAUGUAAAUAUUCAUUAAUUAAAUAAUUAAAAGUGUGAAAUCAGCAGCGUCCCUUUAUUUGAA